CGCAAACUGCGGCAAGGGAACUACCCCGUGCGUCCAUCCUACACUCCCUAUGACGAAUCCAUGAGCCAUUGAUCAGUCUGAUCCUCUCAAUAUUUCUUAUAUAGACCGACACGCGCAACCCGAGUCGCAACAUGAUCUAAAGUCUAAACCAUUUUCUCAUCGAGCGAGGGGUACGAAAGAAAUCAGAUUUCUUUUUCGAUCAAAAGUACUAUGAUCUAAAGUCUAAACGCGUACAAUUUCAUUUAUAUCAUUUCUUCUACCUAUCAUACUUGAGAAAUUUUUGUUGGGCGCCGCCGCCGCUGCAGCCGCUGCCGUGGCCGACGACUCUGCAACUUUCACAGGAUAAAAUUUGUUGAUGGAAGCUGCAUUUUCUUCGUUUACAAGGCCUAGUCAAGUUUUUAGCACACAGAUCAUUGGUCUUUCCCGAGCAUUCUGCUUUCCUAAACGUGACAAGUGCAUCCUGAAGCGUCUAUCUUCUGAUUACAGACCUCAAACUAUCCAGUGUUCAAUGAAAUCGUACCGGCUAUCAGAUCUUAAGGAUGUUGAGGUUCACAAGCUCAAGACACGUCCUCGCAUUGAUUUUACAUCAAUCUUUGGUGUGGUUAAACCUAUUGUGGAUGAUGUCCAAAGUAGAGGCGAUGCUGCUGUUGUAGAUUAUACUAUAAAAUUUGAUAAGGUUACACUGGAACGAAUCGUUGAACAUGUUUCUGAUCUGCCAGAUCCUGAGAUCGAUCAAGAAGUGAGAGAAGCAUUUGAUGUAGCAUUUGACAACAUAUAUGCAUUCCAUGCAGCACAAAGGAUUCCUGAGAGGAUCAUCGAGAACAUGAGUGGUGUCAAAUGUAAACGAAUUGCAAGGUGUGUUGGCUCAGUUGGUUUAUAUGUACCAGGGGGAACUGCUGUCUUACCAUCAACUGCUUUGAUGCUCUCAGUGCCUGCCCAGAUUGCAGGGUGUAAGACUAUUGUUCUUGCUACACCUCCAUCAAGUGAUGGAACCAUAUGCAAGGAGGUUCUUUAUUGCGCGAAAAAAGCUGGUGUAACCCACAUAUUAAAAGCUGGGGGUGCUCAGGCAAUAUCUGCUAUGGCUUGGGGUACCGAGUCAUGUCCAAAGGUUGAUAAAAUAUUUGGUCCAGGAAAUCAGUAUGUUACAGCUGCAAAAAUGAUUCUCCAAAACAGUGAAGCGAUGGUUUCCAUAGACAUGCCUGCUGGUCCUUCAGAAGUUUUAGUCAUCGCUGACAAGUAUGCCAACCCAGUUCAUGUAGCUGCAGACCUACUAUCACAGGCAGAACACGGGCCUGACAGUCAGGUGGUUCUUGUCAUUGCCGGAGAUGGUGUGGAUAUUGCUGCCAUUGAGGCUGAAAUCAAUAAACAAUGUGCAGGCCUUCCCAGAGGCCAAUUUGCUUCAAAAGCACUUGAUCACAGCUUUAUUGUUUUUGCUCUUGAUAUUGCUGAGGCAAUUUCCUUCUCAAACUUGUAUGCUCCUGAGCACUUGAUCAUAAAUGUUAAACAUGCAGAGAAGUGGGAAGGUUUGAUUGAGAAUGCCGGUUCUGUAUUUUUGGGGCAAUGGAGUCCAGAGAGCAUUGGCGACUAUGCUAGCGGGACAAAUCAUGUCCUCCCUACCUACGGGUAUGCAAAAAUGUACAGUGGGGUGUCAUUGGACUCCUUCCUUAAAUACAUCACUGUCCAAUCCCUUACAGAGGAAGGGCUGAGGAGUCUGGGUCCUUAUGUGGCCAAGAUGGCAGAUGUGGAAGGACUUGAGGCCCAUAAGAGGGCUGUCACCCUCAGGCUUCAGAGCAUGGAAGUUCCCAUUCCAUUGUAGCUGGUCUCUCUUCAGCGGCCAUUAAUGCUUCAUUUGGGACGAUAUUUUUACUAUUUUUUAAGCUGUUUUUUAGUAUGAAAAUUAAAUUUUUGUACUAGAAAACUGAUUUAAGAAGCAGAAAGAAAGCUAUCCCAAACAUAGCCUAGAACUCCAGGUUUGAGUUGUAAGUUUUUUUGUCUCAUAUGUUUGAAACUUCAUUGAUUCUGCAUUUUACAAGACUUUCUCUGGCUACAUUGAAGUUGCAUUAGUGAGACACUGGAAAUUAUUCAAGUAACUUUUUUGCCUCAAUUUUUUUUU